CAAGAGUUUGCAUUCCCCGAAGAGCGAUGACCGACUCGAAAGCACCCAGCGCCGGCGUCCCCACGGCGCAACAUGACCUGACCAACUCGCUGGCGCCAUUCAUGGACCUGCACUUCAUGUUCCCGUUGAUUGAUUUUCUCUCGAGCAACGAAAUGUACGACGACAAGCAGCUCCAAGCCGCCAAGCUCGAGUUGCUCAAACCGACCAAGAUGGCCGAUUUUGCCAUCGAGGUGCAUCAAGCGUUGCACGGCGCGGCCAAGGUCCCCGCCGACCUUGAAAAGAAGCGCCAAGUUAUCGUGGACGAAGUGAAAGCGGCGAAAGAUAUUUGCAAGCCGUUCCUCACCCUCAUGGACAACCAGGUCAAGAUCAUCGCCCUCCAGAACGACGGCCUUCUCACGGCCGCCUACCUCGAACAGCAUCACGCCAUCACGUCCGAUGUGUUGGAAGGUGUGUACACGUUCGCCAAGUUGCAAUACGAGUGCGGCAACUACCAGGACUGCUUGACCUACUUGACGUACUACGGCGUGCUGGUGCCGAACGCUUCGGAAAAGUACUUGAACGCGUUGUGGGGCAAGUUGGCCGCCGAGAUCCUGGUCUUCCGGUGGGAAGACGCGCUGGCGGACAUCACGCGCAUCAAUGAAGCGAUCGAUGCCUCUGGGCGGUCGCCCCUCGAGCAGCUCCAGCAACGAACGUGGCUGCUGCACUGGUCUCUGUUUGUGUUUGCGUGGCACGAAGAAGGCCGCGACCAGAUUGUCGACUUUAUGCUGCAGUCGCGAUGCCUGGAAGCAAUCCAGACAAACGCGCCAUGGCUCAUGCGGUACCUCGCUGCUGGCGUCAUCCUGCACAAGAAGCGUCGCUACCUGAUCAAGGAGCUGCUGCGCAUCAUCCACGUCGACGACAAGGCGUACCGGGACCCCGUCAUUGAGUUCCUCGAAUGCUUGUACGUGCAUUUCGACUUUGAGUUGGCGCAGACCAAGCUCCUCGAGUGCAAGCACGUGCUCGCGUCCGACUUUUUCCUCGCCGAGAAGAACAUGGCCGCGUUCAUGGAGAACGCCCGCCUCCUCACGUUUGAGAUUUACUGCCGCAUCCACCACACGAUCGACAUCUCGCUCCUCGCCGACAAGCUCGCCAUGAAUGAAAAGGGCGAUGCGGAGAAGUGGAUCGUCGACCUCAUCCGAAACGCGCGGCUCGACGCCAAGAUCGACUCGCAGAACGACGUGAUCGUGAUGGACACCCGAUACGACUCGGUGUACCGCCAAGUCAUCACCAAGACCAAGGAUUUGGCGGCGCGCACCACGAGCAUGAUCGCUCAGUUCGAUCGGCUCGGGAAGCGCCAGCAGCGGGCGCACGUGUAGGUCCGACGUGGUGUCCGUCGUGAUGUUUUAUUUUAGAAACCAUGCUCGAUUUUUCACUG